AUGUAUCAGUGUGCGUUACAAGCAACCCAAACCAGUGUAAUUAUUAACAGAGACUGCAAUCGUCCACUGGGACUAGAAUCUGGCCGAAUAACCGAGGAUCAACUGUCGGCAAGUUCCAGCCAUGAUUUGCAAAGCACUGGACCUCAAAAUGCUCGAAUAAGAACUGAAUCUGGAAGCGGAGCAUGGUGUCCGCAAAAUCAAAUUGGUGCAGAAACUAAAGAAUGGUUACAAAUUGAUUUCACCGGUUCAACUGUUGUAUCGGCUGUGGAAACACAGGGUCGAUACGAUGAAGGGCGAGGAAUGGAAUAUGCACCAGGUUAUAUGCUUGAAUACUGGAGAGACAGUCUUGGUAGUUGGGCCAGAUACAAGGACUACACUGAAAAUGAGGUGAUUUCUGGAAACACAGAUACCCGAUCACCGGUUCUACGAGUUUUGGAUGGCAGUAUUAUAACAGAAAAGAUUCGUAUCAUUCCAGUUUCAGAAACAAUCAGAACCGUAUGCAUGCGUAUUGAACUUUACGGUUGUCCAUAUAAAGAGUCACUGUCUUCAUAUUCGAUUCCGGAUGGCAGUGUUGCCGAUGGCUUAGAUAUGAAAGAUUAUACAUAUGAUGGACGAACAAAUGCAUCCGGAACACUGGUUAAUGGUAUCGGUAAGCUGUAUGACGGUGUCGUUGGCGACGAUAACUUCGAAAAACAUCCAGAAAAAUGGGUUGGUUGGAGAAAAGAUUUACAAGGAUCAACCGUUUGGAUGGAAUUUAUAUUUAACGAACAACGAAACAUUUCUGCUAUAUAUUUUCAUGUUUCAAAUUUUUUAAAACAUAGAGCACAGGUGUUUCAAAGUGCAGUGAUUCUGUUCUCAUCACGUGCUAACAGCUUAUACUCUCCAAGAACAGUAUUCUUUCAGUAUGUACCCGACUAUACCUUUAAUGCAGCACGUUGGGUUCGUAUCCCGGUACCAAACCGUCUCGCAUACAAAAUAAAGGUUCAACUUAAAAUUGCUGAUGAUGCAGAUUGGCUUCUGAUAAGCGAAGUCAAAUUUGAGUCAAACAACAUUCCAUUCAAUUUUGUUUAUGAUGAUAAUGAAGAGGCUGAGAAUGAACAGUCAAAUCAUGCUGAUAGUAAAUUCAACUUUUUCUCGAUCAGUGACCCACUGGAAGAACGUGUAUAUUUACAUAGUUCAGCACUAAUCGGUUGUCUCAUUUGCGUUUUUGCUGCUCUGUUAUUGUUCAUCGUGUUGAUCUGUUGUUGUCGAAAACCAAUAUCUGUUAAAUCGUCAUCACCGGUUUUCAACAAAACUGGUAAAGAUGUUCAGCUGAUGAUACUGGACGGUGAUACAAUAAAGCGUUUCUCUCCCAGCACUUACCGUAUGACAGUUGACAACAUGGAAAAUUCACUGCUGGAAAAAUUACCAAUAUAUUCGGAUUCGGGGAGUGAAUAUGCAGAUCCAGACUGUUCAUUGUCAGUACUCGCCACUUUAGUUCGGUCUACGUCACCGUUAGUCAAUAAUGUACAUUCAGUGCAUUAUGCAGCCAGCGAUAUUCUGCAGAUAUUUCCAUUUUCCAAAAAUACUGCACUAAACGCUGGGAUAGACUUCAAUGCAUUAAAAUUUCGUAAAUCAUUGGGACAAAGUGAAUUUGGCGAAGUGCACUUAUGUCAGUUAGAAAAGCGUCAGGUUGCUGUAAAACUAUUACGGCUAAAUGCUACAGCCAAGGAAGAAAUGGAUUUUCAGCGCGAAGUAAAAGUGCUAAGUCGUUUAAGGCAUCAGAAUAUUGUUGAACUGGUUGGAGUUUGCACCACCGAGAAACCGUACUGCUGUAUUCUUGAAUAUAUGGAAAAUGGUGAUCUACGAAGCUUUCUUCAAAAACGGAUUAAUUACAAUAUGGAAAACUUACUCUCGAUUAGUACUCAAAUUGGUGCGGGUAUGUCCUAUCUCGAGUCACUCCAUUUUGUUCACCGUGAUUUAGCUGCUCGUAAUUGCUAUGUAUCGGCAGAUGCCACUGUAAAAAUUUCUGAUUUUGGUAUGGCUCGUAAACUUUAUAGCAACGAUUAUUAUAAGGCACAGGGACCAGUCGCUCUACCUGUUCGGUGGAUGUCUUGGGAGUCGUUGCUUUUGAACAAAUUUACCACCAAAAGUGACGUUUGGUCAUUUGGUGUUACAAUAUGGGAAGUUUUGAACGGGUGCCGUAAACAACCAUAUGAGGAGUUGCAGGAUCAACAAGUCAUUGAAAAUCUGCAGACUAUUCAUCAAACUGGACGACUUAAGGUAUAUCUGAACAUACCUCAGUAUUGUACUGCAACAAUUUAUAACCAAAUUCUGUUACCUUGCUGGCAGAAAGGUGAACAACAAAGACCGACAUUCCAAACUCUGCAUUGUCAACUGCAAAACCUCCUUUGUUCACAUUUUAACGGCACUUUGGAAACGUCAGAAAUGUUACGUUGA